UGCAGCUGCAGCCGCCGCAGCCGCCGCCUCUCCCGGCCUCCAGCCUCCGCUGUCCCUCACCCCAUUGCCAGGCCAGCCCUGCGCUGCUCCCCGGUGCCACGGCGGGGGCCUUUGCACGGCGAGUGAACUUCGGGGGCAAGUCUCAACGGACCUCCCCAGGCUGACCGACCCGCGGGCGAGCGCUCAGACAGACCGACAGACCGGCAGCCGGCGGGCAGCAUGGCGGUGGAAGAAGAGGGGCUCCGGGUCUUCCAGAGCGUGAAGAUCAAAAUCGGUUCUUCCUUGGGUCACGUUAUAACUUGACUGGAAAAUGGGGAGCUCAGAGUGGAAAGCACUCCCAGUCUAUGAGUUUCAGUAACGUCGGAGGACUCAGGAUUUGUGCAGCCCAUGAAUGCAAGCAGCGAGAAACAAAAAUGGUUUGGGGGCUGUUCUAGGUGCCUCAUAGAAGCACAAUGAGAGUGCACUGACUUUGCUCUCCUGUGGAGUCGAAGGAUGGCAAGACAGAUGAAUGGUGAAGCCAAAAAUCUUCCCACUUACCCGGGGCCAAACAAGAUGCGAGAUUGCUACUGCACUGUGAACCUGGACCAAGAGGAGGUUUUCAGGACCAAAAUAGUGGAAAAAUCACUCUGCCCCUUUUAUGGAGAAGACUUUUACUGUGAAAUUCCUCGGAGUUUUCGACACCUCUCAUUUUACAUUUUUGAUAGAGACGUUUUCCGGAGGGAUUCCAUCAUCGGGAAAGUGGCCAUUCGGAAGGAGGACUUGCAGAAGUAUCAUAACAGAGACACCUGGUUCCAGCUGCAGCACGUGGACGCCGACUCAGAAGUGCAGGUGAGACCCCCUCUGCCAACCAGCAGUGCCAGAGCGCUGGGAACAAAAGUCCUUGGAGGACAUCGGAGGUCUUUGGGAAUGGAACACAGCCUCUGUUUGCGGCUGAAGAAAUAGUCACGUGUGUGUUUUGGUCUUAACAGGGAAUGAUGUUUAGCAAAUUUGUGUGUUCACCUGUUUACACUAAAUACAGGCUCACUAGCUUUCGCUGUUCCUUUAGUUAGGGCCUCACUUUGUGAGGCGUGAUAGCCGCAGCUUUAAAGUAUGUAAAAUGAGAAAGGGUGAUGACACAUAAUUGAAGGUAAAGAAAAAAUAUGGGUAAAGAAAAAGCUGUGGGGUAGGAUUAGUACACAAAGCUUUAUACCCUGUAUAUUUGCUAGAGGUGGGCUGCGUAUUUGUUUCUAGGCUUCCUGGCAUUCAAAGCAAAGAAAGACGUAGAGCUGUAAGAAUUAGCCCGUCUAAACAAAGAAUGGGCUUGUCUGAAAUCAUCCCUGGGGACUCACUCUGGCUUGCCUGGACAAUGCGCCAAAUUGGGACUUAUUUCCCCACACCUUGUCCAGUGGAAGGAGCUUUCUUCCACAAGCCUCCCCAUCCCCUCACCCCGGCUCAGCUUCCCACAGGACUAGGGAUUUCUUCCCCUAGCAGGGGAGACUGCAGCUUCCACAGGCCCUGAGGUCUCCAGGUUCUGAGUAGCUGGCACUGUGAGACCCCUCCUAUGAGCAGCUGGUACACAAAGCCACAGUGCUGGGCAUCGGGGAGGCUGUGUGGCCCUUCACUGCUGAGGUUACUCUCGGACUUGCCCGUAAGAGGGGAGAGCAGUGGGGGGCAGAGUCACUCUCCUGGAACACAGACCCAUGUUGAGUGUCUCACAGAACACUCUGCCCAGCUGGAGAGAGGGUCUGUGUCUUCUCUUUUCCUGUAGUCCCUGGCUUGUGUGUUUCCCCUUGUAAAGCCUAUUUCUUAACCCAUGCCAGUGGAAUUCAUCCUGAGCCCGGGUCUGUAAUGGAAUAAUUACAAAAGGACUCACCAUGACCAAAAAUUACAGAGGUCCUGAUACUGAGAUGCAAAAGCAUUUUCAUCUGUAGGUCCUUAUAAAGAUGCUAGGGCUGUGGCUGCGAGGCAUAUGGCUAAGAGCGUGGUCUUUGGCACAAACAGAUCUGGAUCAAAUCCCAGUUCUUUCAUAUACUAGUGAAAUGACAUUGGGGCAGUUGUUCCCUCCAAGCCUCCGUUUACUCAUCUGUAAAUGGGGAUUUUGUAAAGAGUGGUUGGGAUAACUUACGUGUAGCUCAACAGUGCCUAACACGUGCUAGAUAGGUAGAUAGGUAGGUAGGUAGAUAGAUAGAUAACUACUGUCGAAUUGACUGGGACUCACGGUGACCUUACGUACAACAGAAUGAAACACUGCCCCAACCUGUGUCACCCUUUUGAUCUCUGGCAGGUUUGAGGCCAUUGUUGUGGCUACUGUGCCAGUUCAUCUCGCUGAGGGUCUCUCUUACCCUCAUUGGCCCUCUACUUCACCAAACGUGAUGUCUUCCUCUAGCAAUUUAUCCCUUUCUGGACGUGUCCAAACCAAUUGAGUAGGACAGUGUUCUGUGGUGAUCCAUAGAGCCUUCAUUGGCUAACUUUUGGAACUAGACCACUAGGCCUUUUUUACUCAUCUGCCUUAGUCUGCAAGCUCUGUUGUAACCUGUCCACCAUGGGUAACCCUCGUGGUAUUUGAAAUACUAUUGGCAUAACUUCCAGCAUUGUAGCAACACCCAAGCCAUAACAGUAUGACAGACCAACAGAUGAGUGCAGGUAACAUAUCAUAAACUGAAAAACAAAACCCAUUGCCAUUAAGUUGAUUCGGAUUCAUAGCGAUCCUGUAGGACAGUGUAGAACCGCCCCAUAAGGUUUCCAAGGCUGU